GAAAAAACUGAGAGCAAAUGAAGCGACAAACGAAAAAUCCUUUGAUGCUGUGUUGUUGGAGAACACAACACGUGUCUACGAAAUACCAACAGCGUCUAUAAAGUGAUCAAACUCCCUCCCUGAACUAGAACCCUGUUGUGCCUUUUCUGUCGAUUUCUAUUCAAACCAAAGCUACAAAUAAUUUAAAAAAAAAAAGAAAAAUUAUAAUUUGGGCAUUCACAAUCUCUGAGCACACAACAUAAUCCAAGAGUUUUUCUAACAAAGUUUCAGCUUCUGAUCUUGCUUCAUCUUUCACAACACGUAAGUUAUCCAGCUUCAAUCAGUUUUUGAAGAGGAAAAGGAAAGGGGAGAGCAGACCACAGAGUGGCCUCCAAAGGGACUAAUGUCAUUUGUAUAAGUGCUUGAAAUUUAAAGGUAAUUGCAAACAGAAGAUAGUGGAAGAAAUCCAACAACUCUUCUAGUGAGGUUGAUUGAUGAUCCUAUGGAUUUAAAAGGUAUAACCUGGGUGGGACAGGUAUAUCAGAAAUUUGAAGCCAUGUGCCUAGAGGUGGAAGAAGUUAUGUACCAGGACACAGUUAAAUACGUGGAGGAUCAGGUGCAGACUGUAGGUGCUAGUGUCAAAAAGUUCUACUCAGAUGUGAUGCAAGACGUGAUGCAGGAUUUGCUUCUUCCAUCUUCAUCGGAGCCCAUGAAAGCAGUGGCUGCAUCUGACACGCAAGUAGAGAAAUUUGCUGAGACAUUAAAAAAGCCUAAUGUAGGUUUAAAGGAGGCUACCAUAAAGGGUGAGGGCGAGCAGUUAUCUGAAGAUUCAGAAGUGAUUGCUGAUGAUAAUGAAAAUGCUGUCAACAUGCCUUUGUCCUGCCGGCUUCACAUGGUUGAUAACAUAUUUGAAUCAUGCCCUCAGAGAUUUGUGGAAAGAGCAUCCUCUAACUUGCUUUCUGGGGAGCAUAGCUACAAUACACUUGAUAAGUCAAAUGUUGAGAAUUUACCUCUGGCUGCAAAUUACAAAGUGUCAUGUUGGCAGAUGCCCACAACAUUAACCCAAGUUUUGGCUGAAGAAGAUAAUUGUGACUCCAUAGAACAAAGCUGUAAAGAAAUUGAAAGUGCAAGUGAGUCUAUAACUGAAACUCUAAAUGAUGAUUUACAGUUGGUUGAGUCAAUUGGGAAAAAUGAAAUGGAAAUGAGAUGUUCAUCCUCUGUUAUAGGAUUGGCAGAAUUUAAUGUUUCUGCAGACAGUUGUUCAAAUGCUGGAAUGGUUUCUUUAAUAGGAUGCUCCAUCAAUGGUGACAUUCAACACAAUGAAUUUUCUGAUAAAAUUGCUUUUGCGUCCUCUCCAGGUCCUGUUGAAGAACAUCCAGGACAAUCAAAUAACUGGACCAUGGAUACCUCAGGGAGCAGGAGCAGUAAUGUUGGUAGAAAGGAAAUUGAAACUGUUUUACCAUUAGAUAAGACACGAGUUGAUGAAAGUUGUAUCAUGGUGAAUGGAGCUGAACUUCAUUUUCAUCAUCAGAGGGAAGGCAAACACAAGCCUUACCAGAAAAAGAUUCGUGAUGCGAUAUCUUCAAGAAUGAGGUCGACAAGGAAAAAGGAAUACAAACAACUUGCACUAUGGUAUGGAGAUGAUGUAAAAUCUGAGCAAGACUGUGAGGGGAGUUCAAUGUUAGCUCUAAAAGGAGGAGAGGAUAUGAGGAGAUCACUAACUCAUGAUGUCUUGGAUUCAGAGUGGGAGCUUCUUUGAGUGCAGGAUGGCAGCUGUGCAUGCAUAAUUUAGUUAAACUCGCUCCCUCCCAGCUGAAAUGCUGAUGAAAGGAAGUGAGAUGCUGGACUUUGCAUUAGUAAUUGUACUCCCAACUUACUGAACUAAAAACGGAUUUAUAUAUCAUCAUUUGGCUAGAGGGCAGCAAAGUGAAGUGGAAAGGAAGUACCUUUUGCUGUCAUGAUGGAAAUACUAUAAUUCUACAAUAGUUAGUAGCGUACACAAAUUUUUCCAAAAAGAAAAAAAUUGACAAUAGGAGAGAUAAAAAUACACUCAUAAUUAAACUUGAAAUUGAAUAAAGGGGAAGGUAUAGAAGAGUCGAAUACAAGAAUUUAUGUAAGUUUGAUCUUUCAAGGCAUUUACGUUUUUCUCGUUGAGCUUGCCUACCCGGCUUCCUUCGCCAAGAAGUCCAAUUCAUUAUAUUUUUAGCUCUACAUCUACCUUUCGAGGUUAAAUUUUAACCUUUGUAACUCCACUCAAACCCUUGAAAGGUUAUAUAAAAUUAAAAGACAAAUGAAUAUGAAAUAAGUUUUGGAUAUAAGAAUUACAAAAGAAUAUAGAAAUAAAGCUCUACAACACUUAAAAAGUUCUUGAAUGCUAGAAGAGUUUGAUAUCUCUUGCAAGUAAUGUCUGUUAAUGAUGAAC